AUGCCCCCGAAGGUGACGCCGAAGAAGGACGGGCCGCAGCAGCAGCCGGAUCUCACGGCGAUUCUGGCGCAGCUCACCGCCUACUUGGAGAACCAGUCCAAAACCCAGGAGGCUCUCCUCGAGCAGCUCUCCAAGCCGAAGGACAACGAGUUCCUGAUGGAAACACUUUCCAACACCAUCCCGGAAUUUGUUUACGACCCCCAAGGCGGACUGGUCUUCGACAAGUGGUACUCCCGGCACGAGGAGGCCUUCAACAAGGGCGGGGAGAAGCUGGAGGAAGCGGACAAAGUGCGGCUGCUCGUGCGGAAGCUGUCCUCGGUGGAUCACGACCGCUACGUGAACUACAUCCUACCGGAGAACCCACCGGACAGAUCGUUCCAGGACACGGUGGACACGCUGAAGGAGAUGUUCGGGCACCAAACGUCCGUGUUCUUCCGGCGCUACCAGUGUCUGCAGACGACCAAGCGGAAUGCGGAGGAUUUCGUCACGUACGCCAGUACCGUCAACCGAGCGUGCGAGGAUUUCAACAUCCGGACGAUCACCUCCGACCAGUUCAAGUGCCUGGUUUUUGUCGCUGGUCUGCAGUCGGAGCGGUACAAGGACAUCCGGACCCGGUUGCUGGCGAAGAUGGAAGGCGAGACGGCGGAGCACCCGAUGACUCUCAAGAAGCUGUUAUUGGAGUGCCAGCAUUUGGACAACCUCAAACACGACACUGCUGUUAUUGAGGGACCGAAGCCGGCCGUCAAAGCGGUCCAGCAGGAUCGCAGCGGCUUUCGCGAGUCGGGCAAACCGGAACGGAAGUUCGAGAACAGGAAUCCGGCCAAGGCAACCCCACGACGUCCGUGCUGGCAGUGCGGGCAGAUGCACUUUGUUGCAGACUGCUCGUACACGAAACACACCUGCAAGACGUGCGGCAAAGUGGGACACAAGGAAGGAUACUGUGCUUGCUGCUCCAAACCCUCCGGUUCCGGAGAAGGUGCAUCACACACAGCACCCGGAGGCGGCAAGAAGAAGCACAAAAAGAAGCGGGCCGACGGCGGGGGACAAUCAAACGGAGUGUACGCUGUCAACAAGGAAGGUGUCGUCGGACGGCGCAAGUUCGUGGAAGUUCUAAUCAACAACGAACCGAUCGAACUCCAGCUCGACUGCGGAUCGGACUACACCAUCAUUUCGACGGAUUCACUUCCCCUGCUCGGCAACCCAGAAACCAUUCCGACGGAACUGCGGGUGGCCACAGCCUCAGGCAAACCCCUUCCGCUGGAAUUGGAGUUCGAGUGUGACGUCACGUUCCGCGGGACCACCAAGCGUUCCGUGUGCUACGUCACUCCUGUGCGCGGUUUCAAGGUUCUUGGGAGCGACCUGAUGGAAGCUUUCGGGCUUUACGACAUUCCGAUCAACGACUUCUGCAAGCAACUCACAACUGCGGAGGACUCGUUGGCGUGUGGUGCCGCGCUGAAGGCGAAAUUUCCGGCGGUGUUCCAGGAAGGACUCGGACGGUGCACGAAAACGAAGAUCCAGCUGUUCCUGAUCGACGGGGCGAAGCCGGUCUUCAAGCCUAAGCGGCCAGUGCCGUUCCACUCGCAGCGGCUGGUCGAAAAGGAGCUCAACCGAUUGCAGAACAUGGGAGUGCUGGAGCCGGUCGACUACUCGGACUGGGCGGCACCCAUCGUGGCAGUUCGGAAGGCGCAGCGCGACGCAGACGGAGAUCCGGUGGUCCGCAUUUGCGCGGAUUACUCGACCGGGUUGAACGCUGUGCUGGAGGCGAACAAGUAUCCUCUUCCUACCCCAGACGACAUCUUCGCAAAGCUGGCUGGCAGCAAGUUCUUCAGCGUGAUUGACCUGUCGGACGCUUAUCUGCAGAUGGAGGUAGAGGAGGAGUCGCAGAAGCUGUUGACUAUGAACACACACAAGGCGCUGUUCAAGGUCAAGCGUCUGCCGCCGGGAGUGAAACCCGCUCCUGGAGCCUUCCAGAAGGUCGUUGACAACAUGCUCGCCGGCCAGGAAGGAGCGGCGUCGUUCCUCGACGACGUGCUGGUGUUCGGCCGAACGCGCGCUGAGCACGACCGGAACUUGGAGCAAACACUGCAGCGGAUCCAAGAUUUCGGUUUCCGGCUCAAGAUCGAGAAGUGCAAAUUCUACAUGACGGAGGUGAAGUACCUGGGCCACAUCAUCAACCAAAACGGAAUCCGCACCGACCCGGGGAAAGUGUCUGCCAUCUCGCAGAUGCCACCGCCGAAGAACCUUACCGAGCUGCGUUCGUUCUUGGGCGCGGUCAACUACUACGCGAAGUUCAUCAAGGAGAUGCACCAGCUGCGUAGGCCACUCGAUCUGCUGCUGAAGAAGGACGCAAAGUGGGCCUGGUCGGACGACUGCCAACGAUCGUUCGAGCGCUUCAAGGAGCUGCUCAAGUCUGACCUGAUGCUGACCCACUACAACCCGACGCUGGACAUUAUCGUGGCCGCUGACGCUUCGCAAACCGGAAUCGGCGCCACAAUCCGACAUCGUUUCCCUGACGGUUCGGAGAAGAUAAUCCAGCACGCCUCAAGAUCGUUGACACCGGCGGAGCAAGCGUACGGGCAUAUCGACAAGGAAGCUCUGGCGCUCGUCUACGCUGUCACGAAGUUUCACCGGAUGCUGCUGGGACGACGGUUCGUUCUGGAGACAGACCACCAGCCUCUGCUACGCAUCUUCGGGUCACACAAGGGGAUUCCGACGCACACGUCCAACCGACUGCAACGACUGGGACUCGUUCUGCUGUGCUACAACUUUGGCAUCGACUACGUCUCCACGGCGAACUUCGGGUACGCGGAUGUACUCUCCAGACUCAUCGAUUCGGCGGCCAAGCCGGAGGAGGAGUACGUUAUCGCGGCUCUGUACCUCGAGAACGACAUGUCGGCGGUCUUGGAAGACUCCGUUGGCAACACACCUGUCACUUCCAAGAUGAUCGCCGCUGCUAUCGCCCGGGACAAGGUGCUCAAGAAAGUGGUCCAGUACUUGGAAGGUGAGUGGCCGGCCAGCGCAAGCGAAAUCGACAGCCUGGACGUGAAAGCGUUCUACCACCGGAAGGAGAGCCUGGCGCUGACUCAGGGCUGCAUUCUUUUCGGCCAACGAGUGGUGGUGCCGGAGACCUACCGAAAGCGGAUCCUGCAACGCCUGCACCACGGUCACCCGGGGAUGGUCCGGAUGAAGAGUCUGGCUCGGAGUUUCGUCUACUGGCCGCACAUCGACAAGCAGGUGGAGGACACGCUUGGCCAACACCAGCGGGACCAUGGCAACGCAUUCACAUUGAUUACGCGGGCCCGAUCGAUGGUCUCUACUUUCUCAUCAUCGUGGACGCUUUCUCGCGAUGGCCUGAGAUCUACCCGACGACGACCACGCCUUGGCCUACCGAUGGUGCUCGUGUCGGACAACGCGGCUCAGUUCACUUGCGACGAGUUUGAGUCCUACUGCAAAGCGAACGGAAUCACCCACAUCCUCACCGCGCCCUACCAUCCGCAAUCGAACGGGCAAGCGGAACGCUUUGUGGACACCGUCAAGCGAGGAAUGAAGAAAAUCAACAAGGGAGAGCCACUGCAGGAGACACUCGACAUGUUUCUGGCAACGUACAGGUCGACGCCGAGCGGAACAACCGAGCAGAAGUCACCAAGUGAACUGCUGUUUGGACGUCAAAUGCGCACCACACUCGACCUACUGCGACCACCACCAACACCGGUUGCUGAGAUGAAGACGACUGCUGAGAACGACCAGAGACGAGAAUUUGCACCUGGCGACUUGGUGUAUGCGAAGGUGCACAAGCGGAACGACUGGUACUGGGAGGCAGGAAAGGUCAUCGAAAGUCUCGGCUCGGUGAACUACAACGUGUGGUUGGACGGCCAACGUUCGGGGCUGAUCCGGUCGCAUAUCAACCAGCUUCGUCCACGGCACGAGUCAGCGGAUUCGCCGGCGCGCGGUCGCGCUGUUAACCUUCCGCUGGACAUUCUCCUGGGCGAGUUUGGGUUCGCUCAACCAAUAACCGAGGACGUCACGCAAGCAGCUGUGGUGGAACCGGAAGGCGCGAACCAACCAGGAAUCACCGAGCACAACGAUGGACCGGAACCAGCUGUGAUCCAACGGCCGAUCCGGCGGGCUUCGACGGGAAGUAUUCCGCCGAGUUGCGUUCCCGUGCCGACGACGACGAUCACCAGGAGUGGACGCGAGGUUCGGCUGCCGCCGAGGUUCGAUCACUACGUGAUGUCUUAA